GUUAGCAACAUUGAGUGCGGUUAGAUGUGUUUUCUUAGCUAAACAAACACAGAUUUGGAUAUAUUAAGAACAUUACUUCGUGUUCUCGCAAAGAGCGCGCUUAUCUCUUGCUAAAGCAAACGGUUUAUUGAAGCGUACUGAAAGACAAGUUUUGCAGUUAAUCCCUGAGCAAUGUACAACUUACUUCUUGGCCUGUUUCUGAUCACAUUCCAAGUGGGUUGCUAUGGCGCCCCGGGGCCAAGGAUGAACGGAAAACAAGUUGUAAAAAGAGCAGUUUGCACCGAAGAUCAGCUGGACAAAAAUCCAGGAUGUCUCUACUGGAAACAGAGUGGGUACUGUGAUUAUGAGUACGUGAAGACGAGGUGCCAAGAGAGCUGUGGCUUUUGUGAUCCGCCACCUCCACAACCGUGCAAAGCAAAUGAGAACGAUAAGAAAAACGGAUGUAAAAGUUGGAAAAAUCAAGGGUUAUGUAAGAAUGGCCAAUAUCACCAGUUUAUGAAAGAAAACUGCUAUGUUACGUGUGGAUAUUGUAUAGCGCCUCCAACGUCACCUCCAAGAGCUACGCCAGCCCCACAAGUGGACCCUGAUGCCUGCCUGAAAGCCCAUAAUGAAAAACGAGCACUUCACCCUGGAACUCCAAUGCUGGUCUGGGAUGAUACACUGGCUCAACAUGCUAAAACCUGGGCUGAUCACCUGGCUUCCAAGGGAACGCUGGAGCACGCAGAAAACACUAGAGAAGGAGAAAACCUUUAUUAUUUUGGGACUUCGGGCUCAUAUGUGGCGACAUGUGAUGAUGCAGUGCAGGCUUGGUACGAUGAAAUCAAGGACUAUGAUUACCAAAACCCUGUUUUCAGUCUUAGUACUGGCCAUUUCACCGCGGUGGUUUGGAAAAGCACCACUCGUGUGGGAGCGGCUCUUGCGAAAGUAGUGGAUGGCGGAUACACCAAGACUUACGUCGUGGCGCGCUACUUACCACAAGGAAAUACUAAAGGACGCUUCGCGGAGAACGUGCUGCCUUUGGCCUCAUAGAACAUAGCUCUAUAGUUGAGGAGGUCGAAUGGAUCUCAAGAGGUGCACCUGGUUUGUCUGUGUCGGAUACAUAACAUUGUAACUUUAGUCUUAGACCUUAAGCGGUGCCAAUAAAGAAUCAACUGAUAACACAUAA